GGCCGUUAUUACACAGAUGUUCCGCCGUUAUCAUCGUGUAUAUCGUUAGGACUGCGACAUCCGGCAUUAGUCGCCGACAUUGCUGACCUUCUCAGCGCCCUAGGGCGGCUGCUCCCCCGUUUCGCUCUUGGUACGCCCCGCCUCCAGCUGACCGGCCUGGAAUCACGGUUUGGAGCCUCGGACUGGUCGCCCGGAGUCGCCGUGUUCCGUCGGGCCUGUCCCCCGGCCGCUAUCCUGUGAGGGUCUCGGACAGCUCAGGGGCAGCAGGGAGUGUGAGCGGCGCGGAGGCCCCGGCCUUGGUGUGUAGAGAGCGGCCCAGGCCCUGUCAGACAUGGGAGACACCGGCAGCGAGCGCAGCAAGCCGCCCAGCCUCCCCCCGCGCUGCCCCUGCGGAUUCUGGGGGUCCAGUGAGACGAUGAAUCUGUGCUCGAAAUGUUUUGCGGAUUUCCAGAAGAAACAGCCGGACGAAGACUCCGCCCCCAGCACAAGCAGCAGCCAAUCAGAUCUGUUCCCUAGCGAGAUAAACAGCGACAACGGAAAUACCUCUAUACCCUCGCAGAGCAGUAGUCCCAGCCAGCCGCUCUCCACGGACCUGAAUGUAGCUUCUCCCAGCGAAGAGGAAUGUGGGCCCUGCACAGAUACAGCUCACGUCUCUCUAACCACACCAACCAAAAGAUCCUGUGACACAGAUUCCCAGUCAGAGGAUGACGCUUCCCCUAUAAAACGGCCUCGACUACUAGACAGUGAGGAACGACCCGACAGCAACCGCCCCAAACAGAAGAGUCGACGCCGCUGCUUCCGCUGCCAAAUAAAACUGGAGCUGGUACAACAGGAGUUGGGGUCUUGUCGCUGCGGUUACGUCUUCUGUAUGUUACACCGUCUCCCAGAGCAGCACGAUUGCACGUUCGACCACAUGGGCCGCGGACGCGAAGAGGCCAUCCUGAAAAUGGUGAAGCUAGACCGCAAAGUGGGCAGGUCCUGCCAGCGUAUCGGCGAGGGCUGCUCCUGAGUGCCACCAACCUCCUACAACCAAAUGCUGUUUCUAUUAGUUCACUAAUGUUAGCCUUAUUUAGGACAAUGUCAAGCAGGCUCUCACUACUGAGCAAGUCACAGACUACAGCCAAUCAGGUUCCUUCUGUUUUUCGUUUUUUUUUCCGAGAACCGCGCAGGUACUUUAUCUAGACGACGUUGGCAGUCGCCGUCGUCCAUGAUGAAAGCUCCAGGAACUUAUUUAAUCUAUAAUUGUGUUCAUUUAUUUUUGUUUCACUGAUUUAAGUAAUAAUGAUAAUAAUAAUUGUUUUUGUCUUUCUCUUCCAACCCCGUUCCCCGGUCGGACCAUCUCACCAUCGUCUCACUCAUUGUUUUGAUGUUAGCCCAUAAUAAGCAUCGAUUAUCAAUAAAAAAGUUGGGUUCGUCCAAAGUCACUCGACCUCGCUAGUGAAGGUCCCAGUGGUCACUCUUGUCCUGUGUCUGAGUGUUAUAUUAAAAGCAUCAGGGAUUUCACUGGGCCAGGGGGUCACCCCUUACCUCCCCCAGUCAGGUUUGUUACUCAUCGGCCAAGACGGUCAGCAGUUGUCAUCAUCUCAAUGCACUUUUCAUUCGAGAAAUCAAUCCGGGGGGGGGGGGGGGGGGUCACCGAUUAUACCUCACCCAAUAUUACCAGAGUGACUUAGAUUUACCUGAUUGGCUUUUGUUUGCUAUUUGCCAAGUGACGGUCUUUCUGGUCAGAUAAGGCUAGUUCACAGCACACUUGCCAUGGCUGCAGCCUACAGACCCACUUUCUGUAGCUAUAUAUAUAUAUAUAUAUACUUGGGAUAGGGAAGGGUUAAAUGAAAUAUUUUGUAGCAAACAGAACUCGGUAACUGUGCUGAGGAACAACCGCAAAGACAAAUUUUUGUGUGUAAAAAAAAAAGGGGGCUCCUCAUCCUUGAUUCUAUGCAGCCAAAGGGAUGGGAGAUCCUCAUGGGCAGGGUCAGAAAAAAAAAACUUGCCCUCAAUGAGGAAAUUAUGGUUGUGGAGAACUGUAAGGUAGAUAUGUUUAGGUUUUCUCAGGCCUUAGUUAAAGUCUAAAAACUUUAUAGGGUGCACACAUGUCUCCUUAAGGUCAUUCAUGUCUUAAAGGCUUAGAUGGAGAUCCUCCAUACCUUCAAGGGUCAGCUAAUAAUAGCAUAUAUAUGUAUUUUGGACUUAGGGUUUCUCAGGCCUUAGUUGAGGUCUGAGAUCUUCAAGAACUGUAUAGCAUGCCCACAUGCCUCCUUAAGGUCAUUUACAGGCUCAACUCUCUCUAGAUCUUUAGGAUCAGUUUCAAGAAACCUUGAACUUGAGUUGGAGGUAUAAGAAAUGGGGGAACCCAAGCAUAUCCAAGAGAUGGAAUACCAAGUUGGAUGUUGUAGGGUUUCUUUGCCUCAGUUAAGGUCUAAGAUCUUCAAGAACUAUGUAGUAAGCACACAUGUCUCUUAAGCUGUAAGGCUUGAUUCUAGAUGUAUGAGGACAGUUCCCAGAAACCUUGCUGUUGGGUAAGAGGUUUGAUAAACGGGGGGCGGGUGGCAAACUAAAGAAUGGAGUGAAACUUGGAUAUUGUAAGGUUUCUGGGCUUUACUUGAGGUCUGAGACCUUCUAGAACUAUAUAAAAUACUCACAUUCCUCCUUGAGGCCAAUUGCUUUUGUUUUAAAGGCUCAGAUGAACAUUCUUAAAACCUUCAAGAGCUGGUUUAUUAAAAAACAUAAUAAAAAAAUAAAAAAAACUGUCCCCUAAUGAAAAAAUAGACAAUUUGGGGUGGGGGACUCAAAUAAGCCCAAGGGAUAGAAUGCCAAAUUGGACAUUGUAGGGUUUGACAGCAUUAUAUGAGGUCUAAGACCUUCAGGAACUAUAUAGCGUGCUUAUGUGCCUCUUUGAGGUAAUUUAGGGCUCAACUGUCCUCACAUCUGCAAAGGCAGUUCAAUAAAACCUUGCUCUUGAGUAGAACGUAUCAGAAAUAGGGGAAUCUCAAGCAAAUUCAAAGGAUGGAAUGCCAGUUGGACAUUGUAAGGUUUCUCAGCCUUAGUUAAGGUCGAAGAUCUUCGAGAACUAUAUAGCAUGCUCUUAUGCCUCCUUAAAUUCUUCACGUGUUUGUGGGCUUGUUAAUAUAAAGAAACGAAUGACCCCUAAUGAGAAAAGUAGAGACAAUGGGGGAAACCCAAGCAAGCCCAAACAAUAGAAUGACAACUUGGCCAUGCAUAGGGUUUCUCAGGUCUUAGUUUCCAAAACGAUAUAGCAUUUUCACAUGCAUCUAUAAUAAUAAUAAACUUUAUAUUAGCGCCACCAUAUUCCGCAGCUCUUUAAGGUCCCUUGCUUCCGUCUUAAAGGCUAAGAUAGACACUUUUCAAGUCUUUGUGGGUUGGUUAAUAAAAAUAAAUUGUCACGUAAUGAGAAAGGUAGACAGUGGGGUGAAACCAAGCAAGCCCAAAAGAUGGAAUGCUAAAUUGGACAUUCAUAGGAUUUCUCAGACCUUAGUUGAAGUCUAAGACCUUCAAGAACUAUAUUUGGUAUUCACAUGCCUCCUUAAGGCUACUUGCUUCCGUCUUAAAUGCUCUCAGGCCCAAGGGAGGAUUAGAGAGGUGCCAAGCAAAUGUAUACAGUUUUUCAGGUCUUAAGACCUUCAAGAACCAUAUUGUGUUCACAUGUCUACUUGACAACAUGUUUCUGUCUUUAAAGGCUCGGAUGAACUCUUUCCAGGUCUUCUACUGUUUCUUACCAGGUUCCUCGUAAACUACAACUGCACUUUAAACCAGUAGAAAUUCAGUUUUAUCUUGACUUUGUAUU